AUGAGAAAAAGUGAGGUGCAUGCCGCAGAGUCCGUGGCAUGUUUGAAUAAAGCCCUGGGUCGUCUGAAGGACAUCUGGGAAGAGAUCGGAAUCCCGGAGGACCAGAGAUUCCAGCGAACAGAUGCGGUUAAGAUGCAUAUUAAAAAUCUUUUAGACAUGAUGAUUGCCGAGGAGGAGGGUCUGAAGAAACGACUGCUGGCCAGCAUUGCCUCCUGUCGUAAGGAACUAGACAUUCUCUGUGAGGAACUUCAUCUUGCUCCUUUUGAGGAGGAGGAAGGCUGCACCAUGCUGCAGUUAGAGAAGGACAUUCGCACUCGUCUGAAGGUGAUGAUGAAGCAGAAGACGGAGCGCCUGCAGGAGCUGAAGGCCCUGCGCAAGGAGGAUCAGGAGCUGUGUGAUAUCCUCUGCUCCCCUCUCUACUCCAUUGACCCUGACCGCGUCCCCUCCUCAGAGGAGCUGGAGAGCUACCGCCAGUACCUCCUUACUCUCAGCCAGGAGAAGGUGCGGCGGCAUGCAGAGUUUGUGGGCAUUAAGCGACAAAUCAUCGCGUGCAUGGAGGAGUUAGAGCAGGUUCCUGAUACCAGCUUUGAGAGAGAUGUGGUUUGUGAGGAUGAGGAGGCUUUCUGUCUCUCCACAGACAACAUCACGGCCCUCAAAGUGCUGCUCGCUCAGCUGGAGAGUCGUAAGGCAGACACGGAGGCCCUGUGCCAGUCGUUGAGAGGCCGUAUCCAGGAGCUGUGGGAGAGACUGCAGGUCCCUCAGGAGGAGAGAGACGGCAUGCACGAGCAUAUGACCAGCUCUAGGAAGAAGAACGUGGAUGCUUUGCAGUUAGAGGUACAGCGCCUGGAGGAACUGAAGAUUAAAAACAUCCAGAAUGUAAUAGAGGCCAUCAGAGCAGAAAUAGCUUUGUUCUGGGAGAAGUGCUUCUAUAGUCCAGACCAGAGACGGUCCUUCACGCCAUAUUACAGCGACGAUUUCAGUGAGGAGCUGCUGAGUCUCCACGAGGCUGAGGUGCUGACGCUGAGGAAGAACUACGAGGACCAUAAAGAGCUGUACGAUGGAGUGACCAGCUGGAGGACCAACUGGAUCCUGUUUCAGGAACUUGAGAGAAAGGCGACGGACCCAUCUCGCUUCAACAACAGAGGAGGAAACCUGCUCAAAGAAGAGAAGCAGAGAGCUGACCUGCAGAAGAGUUUACCUAAGCUGGAGAAGAAUCUGAAGGCUCAGAUUGACCAGUGGGAGGAGGAGCAGGGCAGGGAGUUCCUGGUGAAUGGACAGAAGUUCCUGCAGUACGUGGAAGAGCAGUGGGCGCUCUAUCGCAUGGAGAGGGAGAGAGAGAAACUGGAAAGGCAAAUGAGGAAGAAUAAGCAAACCGAGGAGGAUAUGCUGUAUGGUACAGCCCUGAGGACUCCCACCAAGAGAAGACUGGCAGGAACCCCCACACCAGGCAAAACACGAAAGAUGAAUACCACCUCCAGCAUCUCCAGCUCCACCCCUAACAGCACCCUGCGCUCCAUCUGCCAGUCACCAGUCCUUAGACCUCCCCUGUCAGCCAGCAAGAUAGGCCUGGGCCUGCGGACCCCGGGCAGAGGCAGGACUCCUCGGGCUCUGGAGAGGAACAAGGAGAACAUGUCUCAUCUGAGCGGUGCGUUACGCACGAUGGCGGCAAGCCCUCAGAAAAACCACAGCAUAAACUCAGUGGCCAGCACGUACUCUGAGUUUGCGCGAGAACUGUCACGGGCCUCAAAAUCUAACCCUAAAACAGGACUCCUGAACUCCACCAUCACGCACUGA